AUGGCCCAAGUAGUCGACGAGCUCUCGGCCCCGAUGCCGACCGGCCAAGACAAUGCCCCCACCCCGCCCGAACUUCCGGCCAAGGGUAGAAGCCGCCGGCGUCUGCUCCGCGGAUUGCAGCGCAUCUCCUCGUCGCCAUCGUUGAAUAACCCCCGGCGCUCCAAGUCCAUCGGUAGUCCCUACAGCACCAGGAGCACCCUAUCAUGUGUCAGUCUCGCGGCGGCUGGCCCGUCUCAGACACCGCCCGCCGCCCGAUCGGCCACCCCCCAGCCGUCACCGUUCGGCCUCUCUAGCGGGCUUACUUCGAAGCCUCUGACUUUGGCAAACGAGUUUCCCUUUCCCGACGACGCCGAUGGCCAGCUUGCCACUCGCAAAGUUGACAAUGCAGCUCCUGCCCCUUCGGCCGCCACAGCCCCGCUCCCGGCCGAGCUCAUCUUGUCCAACAAGCACGAUGGGCGGACAAGGACCCGGUCGGGCUCUAAAGCACCUAUGAGGCCGCACUUUGCUCGCUGGGAAAAGCUGCCCCACGAAGUUUGUGUCCACGUAUUCUCGUACCUGAAGCCAAAGGAACUCGUUCGAGCGUCGAGGGUGAGCAAGUCGUUCUACAAGCUCUGCUUUGACGGCCAGCUCUGGACCUCAUUUGAUGCCUCGGAGUUCUAUCAAGAAAUUCCUGCCGACUCUCUGGCUAGAAUCGUCGUUGCUGCUGGUCCGUUCGUCAAGGACUUGAAUCUCAGGGGCUGUGUGCAGGUCGAGCACUAUAAGCGGACUGAAGUCGUUGUCAAGGCCUGCAGGAACCUCAUGAAUGCCACUCUCGAAGGCUGCCGCAACUUUCAAAAGAACACCCUUCACGUGCUUCUGAGGAGCAAUGAGAAGCUGAUGCAUCUCAACUUGACGGGCCUAGCGGCUGUAUCCAACACGUCGUGCAAGAUCAUUGCCGAAUCUUGCCCUCAGCUGGAGACCUUCAACGUCUCUUGGUGCGAAAAGGUAGAGGCCCGUGGCAUCAAGGCCGUCAUCGAUUCAUGCACCAACUUGAGAGAUCUGAGGGCUGGCGAAGUCCGCGGCUUCGACAGUAUCGCGACCGCUCAGUCCAUCUUCACGACCAACCACCUCGAGAGACUCGUUCUUUGCGGAUGCGUGGAGCUCACCGAUGAGGCAUUGAAGGUCAUGAUGCAUGGCGUGGACCCUGAGAUCGACCUCCUCACCGACCGCCCCAUCGUCCCACUGCGAAAGCUGCGGCACCUGGAUCUCAGCCGUUGCAACCGUCUUUCCAGCGUUGGCGUCAAGGCAAUUGGUCAUGUGACGCCCGACCUGGAAGGAUUACAGCUCUCUGGCUGCAAGUCUCUGACUGAUGCGGCUCUCGAGCCCAUCUUGGCCUCGACGCCGCGGCUCACGCACCUUGAGCUGGAGGAUUUGGAGGAUCUCACCAACUCGCUUCUAUCGGAGCAUUUGGCCAAGGCACCGUGCGCCGCAACCUUGGAGCAUCUCUCGCUGAGCUACUGUGAGAAAAUCAGCGACGUUGGUAUGCUCCCAGUCAUGCAAAGGUGCGUCAAGCUCAGGGUCGUCGACAUGGACAACACGCGCAUCAGCGACCUUGUGCUUGCCGAAGCCGCGGCAAUGGUCACCAAGCGCUCUCAGCGAUCAAUGCAAGAGGGAGCGCGGCCCAAAGCCACACUGCAGCUGGUCGUGUAUGACUGUCAAAACGUCACAUGGACGGGCAUUCGCGAGGUUCUCUUCCGCAACGCCCAGAUGAGGCCCGCUGCUGGUCAGCCUGGGCGCGUCACCUAUCCCACCGAAAUCAUCGGGCUCAAGUGCUUCUACGGCUUCCAGAUGACCGUCGACGAGCACCAAAAGCGGCUAUUGCGUGGCGAGCCGGCAUCGGCAAGUCGACUGGAGAGGAAGUGGGCAGACUACAUGCAAGCCAACGAAGAGGCCGGCAUGGGCGGAGCUGGCUACAGGAGACGCAGACGACGAGCGAGGGAGGCUCAGGCACUGCACCUGCACGAAGAAGACGGCGUCGUCGUCGGCCGUCGUCGGGCUCGAACCAUGGGAGCCUGCUCGGUUAUGUGA